AUGUUUGUUUUAGUCGACUGUGUGUUGUCGGUGGAGCCGAGUGCGAUGCCUUUUUGGGUCAAAAGGCGCGAGUACGAAAAGACGCGUAAAACUAACGCAUCCUCUGUAGAUCAAGGAACGCACUCCGAUGAAUUACAAAGGUGCACCCUGCCGCCAUGCGAUAAUCGAGGAGGUGAACGUAUAUCGGAAGG